AUGGAAUCAGAACCAUUAGUGGUAGAUAAUGGGUCAUACGAGGUCAAGUUUGGGUAUUCAACGACUAGUCAGCCCUUCAGAGCUUUAAAUGCUCUCGCUAGAGACAAGUUUGGUGCUACAUAUCUCUCAAACCAGAUCAAUCAGAUAAAAGAUAUUUCAUCUGUCAGUUUCAAACGACCUCACGAAUAUGGACAACUGACCUCGUGGGAGUUGCAAAGUUGUGUUUGGGACUACUGCUUUUUCAAUCCAAAUGAAUUUGAUGGGUUUGAUCUCAAGGAUAGCAAAGGACAGCAUUUGAUAGCCAGUGAGACCUGUAUGACUCUACCAGAAUUGAGCAAGAAUAUGGAUCAAGUAGUUUUUGAAGAAUACGAGUUUGAUAGUCUCUUAAAGGCGCCUAUCUCAGGGUUUAUGCCCUUCAGCAAACACACUGAGAACACCAAGGUGAUAUCUGGUAAAGGUGAUUCUGAAUCUGGUACUUCUACAAGCGAAACGAAGGACUACGAACCGUUCCAAAUGGUUAUCGACUCAGGAUUCAAUUGCACUUGGGUAGUACCGAUCAUCAAAGGUGUCCCAUUCUACAAAGCUGUUAAGAAACUAGAUCUCGGUGGCAGAUUUAUCAAUGGACUACUCAAAGAAACGCUUUCUUUUAGACACUAUAACGUGAUGGAUGAGACUAUCUUAGUCAACAAUAUCAAGGAGAAAUGUCUAUUUAUGAGCCCUGUCUCUUACUUUGACAGUUUUGCUAAAAAGGACCAAACUGCAGUAGAAUACGUACUGCCGGACUUCCAAACUACAUUUCUGGGCUACGUGGCAGACCGUAAGAACCCCCCGUCAAAAGAUGCACAGACAGUAACACUACGCGAUGAACUAUUUUCCGUGCCUGAGACGUUCUUCCACCCGGAGAUCGCCCAACUGCUUAAACCGGGAAUCAUCGAGACCAUCCUCGAGAGUCUUUCCCUUGUCCCGGAACCCCUCAGGCCAUUAAUGGUCAGCAACAUCCUAUGCACCGGAGGAAACUUCAACCUGCCGCAUUUCCCAGAGAGACUAGCUACCGAACUACAAAGGCAGCUGCCCACCGACUGGUCAGCCAAGAUUUACCUACCACAACCGAAAUCUUGUGAGCUAGCUGGCUGGUGCUCUAUGAGUGCAUUUGCCUCUACUGAUCUCUACAAAGCUGCACGAGUUUCCCGUCAAGAAUACUACGAACACGGCGUCGAAUGGACUACAAAGAACAGGUUUGGCUACCAAAACUGGAUAUAG